ACAUUCGUACGUUGUACGUCACUGAAAUAAAUAAAGACCAGUUUUUUAGCAUUUAUAUUGAAGAGCUAGAUGAUGUUUACCGAAGUUUAUUGUCGACCGGCAUUGACACAAGAACCAUGUACGGGUUCAUACUAUUCAUAGCCGUUUUCAUAAUAUUUAUGCUUAUUAUUGGAAUACAUCAGAAGAAUACGAACGCAAUAUGUGUCUCAAGAAGAAGACUAGAAGGAAAGACUGUGCUAGUGACUGGAGGAACCGCAGGAAUGGGUCUGGAGAUAGCCCUGGAUCUUGCUCAUAGAGGAGCCAAGGUUAUCAUAGCCUGUCCUUUCGAAGAAGAGGGCGUCAAUGCAAGAAAACAAAUAAUAGAAGAAACUGGAAAUGAAAAAAUUGUGUUCAAACUCCUUGACCUUGGCUCUUUGAAGUCCGUUCGCGUAUUUGCUGCUGAUAUCCUCAAAAACGAAGAUCGUUUGGAUGUUUUGAUAAACAAUGCCGGAGUUGGUGUACCUGGUGACUUUUUGACUGCCGAUGGAAUGAACUUCAUAAUGCAAGUCAACUAUUAUGGAACAUUUUUGCUGUGCAUCUUACUACUCCCACUUUUAAAGAAGACUGGAAAACCUGGGGAGCCCGCAAGGAUAUUAUUGACUACGUCAGUGCUACACAGACUUGGGCAAGUGGAUAUAAAUAAUCUGAACAAGACUGAUUACUGGUACAAGUUGCAGAUCUAUGCUAACAGUAAACUGUGUCUGGUAUCAGUAGCCAUUGAACUGUCAAAACGAUUAGAAGGUAUGAAUGUGGUGGUGAACAAUGUGGAUCCAGGUGCAGUGGGAACGAAGAUCUUCGAAUCUGGGAACAAAUAUGUGGGAUUUUUCUUGAUAGUUUUGAUAAACUUCCUGUUUAAGACGACGAGGCAAGGGGCCCAAACAGCUUUGCAUGUGGCUUUGGACAAGAAGGCUGGUGAAGUGAACGGAGGGUACUUCCAGAAUUGUGAACUGAGCAAGGCAGUGAAGAAAGCGUAUUGCGAAAAAACUUCUAAGAAGCUGUGGGAAGAAUCUGUGAGAUUAGUACAUUUAUCAGACGAGGAAUUAGAAACUUGUUUUAGAUAGUUUUUUAUUUUACUGUAAAUAAGGCUAUUAAGUUAGAUUAGCAAUUAAAAUUUAUCAGGUUUGUGACGUUUU